UGACGGUUACGCAAAUGUUUUCCAAUUUCCGCCAUGGCAUCCGAAGUGUCUACAAACGUUGAAGUGGCCGUUGUUGGCGACGAGCAGAAGAAUGUGGUGAACAGGGUUACAAACCUGCCUCUUGUGAGCUCUGCCUAUGAUAUGGUGUCAGCUGUUUAUAACAACACAAAGGAGAACCACCCCUACAUGAAGACUGUGUGUGAUGUAGCUGAACAGGGAGUGAUGGCAAUCUCUGCUGUGGCUGUCAGUGGUGCCAAGCCCAUCAUGAACAAGCUGGAACCACAAAUUGCAGCAGCUAAUGAGUAUGCCUGUAUGGGGUUGGAUAAACUGGAAGAGAAGCUUCCAAUCCUGCAACAAUCCACACCCCAGGUUGUUGCAGACACCAAGGUGCUUGUUUCAUCCACCAUCACUGGAGCAAAAGAUGCAGUCUCCAACACUGUGACUGGUGUAGUUGACAUGGCCAAGGGAGCUGUACACAAUAGCAUUGAAAAGACCAGAAAUGUGGUGGUUGAAGGAGUAAACACUGUCAUGACAUCCAAAGUUGGCCAGAUGGUGGCCACUGGUGUGGACAACGCACUCAACAAAUCUGAGGAGAUGGUUGAUCAUUAUCUUCCUUUGACUGAAGAAGAACUAGCAAAACUGGCCACAUCUACAGAAGGUUUUGAGUUGGCCCCAGUACAAGAGUCAAGUUACUACGUGCGUUUGGGAUCUUUGUCCUCCAAGGUUCGUCACAGAGCAUAUCAGCACUCCACUGGUAAGAUGCAGAAGGUCAGGCAAAGCAGCCAAGAAAUCAUCUCUCAACUUCACAACACAAUGGAUCUGAUUGAAUUUGCAAAGAAAGGAGUGGAUUCGGCAAAUCAGAAACUCCAUGGUGUUCAGGAGAAACUACAUCAGUCCUGGGAUGACUGGGUGAAAAGUCAACCUGAUGCUAAAGUAGAGGAACAAAGUGCUCCGAAAACAGAGCAACUUGAAUCUCGAAUGCUGACCAUGACCCAUGGUCUCACUCAACAACUACAGACAACCUGUCGCACCUUGGUUUCGAAUGUUCAUGGUCUUCCCCAGCACAUUCAAGAUAAAGUACAACAGAUCCGCAAAACGGCAGAGACCAUCCACACCUCGUUUUCUUCUGCACAUUCCUUUGGGGAUCUGUCUGGGCAGCUCCUGGCACAAAGCAGGGAGCAGAUGUUGAAGAUUCGUGAGUCCAUGGAUGGGGUGAUGGACUAUGUGCUUCACAACACUCCUCUCAACUGGAUGGUUGGUCCUUUUGCCCCACAGCUCACUGAGAAUCCUCAAUCACCACCACAGGAGAUGAUUGCAAUGGAUGGAAUUAAGGAAUAGUGUAACCACCCUUAAGUUCUACUUGUUGGGUAAAUUGCCUUAUGUUAAACUUGUUAAUUCUUGGCAUAUAAACUUUGACCUUGCUAUUUGACUAAAUUUGUAUUUUAAGAGAUUGUACAACAUUCCACCAAACUACUUUGUCUCAAUUUAUUUACAGUAUCCUAUCAAUUUCAAUGUGUCCUGUCCUAGUAUUUCUAGCACUGCAUAAUUGCAAUGUAUGUUUCUGUAUUUCCCAAUACUGAUCAGGAAAUUACGUUGUCAAAGUAUCACAUUUAUUAAUGCAAUGCCUGAAUUUACUCUGAAAAUAGGAACUGCAACUUGUUCCUACAUACCAGCCAGUGAAAUAUGUUAACUUGAACAGGCUGUAGUAUGAGUGUGUGUUGGGCUUCAUCUGUCCACAUCAGCAUGGGGGGUGGGUGAAAAGAUUUGUUCUAACAUUUAAACUAGUCAUCAGUCCCAAGUACUCCUUGCUUUAACAUGGUGUUGCUUAAAGAAUUAAAUCCUUUUUUUGGAGUGUGAAUUGUUUGGGAUUAAAAAAAUAACCUAGGUGACACAUAGGCACUGAAGUUUCACGAGCACUUUCACUUGUCAUCCAAACAUCUUUCAUUUGUCAAUGCAGCAGUAUUGGGCAAGUUCCUAAUUUCAAAUUGGAUGACAUGCCAAAUGUUCCAACAAAUGUAAAUGAAAUUAAUAGUAUUGAUCUAUUGUCAAUAAAAGUUAUAAUAGCACUACCUGUUUAUUCUUAAAUAAAGAUAUUCUCUCAAUGCA